AUGGUGUUUAAUUUAGAUUUAAUUGUUUCGGGCAGAGGAAGGUGGUUGAAGAAGGAAGAUCAGACUGUUCUAAAUCCCAAUUUUACUAAGGAAGUUGCAGAUCAUAAAAACCUCAAAGUUCCUCAGAAAACUAAGGAAGCUGGCUUUGGCCAAUACAGUCCAUACAUAGAUGAUGUUGGUGAUGCUGUGGAGGGCUAA